AUCAGUGACAUUGUAACUGCGAACCGAUCACAAAAUGAACGGUUAUUAGUCAAGAACUACCUGUAUAUGUUUUCUGGCCCCUAAAAUUUCCUGAACUCAAGAGCUGUAGCCCCGGAUUAUGCCGAAGCAGUUUGCAUUCUGAAUUCUGCACGUGUCCUUCAGCAAUCAGCCACAUCAUCAGCCCUUUUUCUUCUCUCUUCAGCUUCCUGGGCUUAUUACAAUCUACGUAACGUUAAACCAGGCUCAGAGGACUGGACUGAGCAUUCUGAACCAGUUGUUGCUUAAUGGUGUGCUCUUUCUGCAGAGUUGCUGUGAAGAUGAAACGGAACAAAAGUGAAUGGAUUGUUAAAGAGGCUUAUAGCUCUGCAGCAUCCCCUGAGUAGGAGAGAUUUUCUAUUUUGUACAUACAUUGAUUUGUAUAUACUGUAUAUGAUGACUUCGGUGGGCAGUGAACGUACUCGGGGCACUCGAGAAAAAACACAGAUUCCAGCCACGCAACUGACACAACCCCAGAAACCAGUAGUCCAGGCCACAGCAGAGCAGAUUCGCCUGGCCCAAAUGAUAUAUGAUAAGAACGACAGAGACUUUGAGGAUAAAGUGAAACAAUUGAUGGAAGUGACAGGGAAGAAUCAGGAUGACUGCAUCGUAGCUCUGCACGAUUGUAAUGGUGACGUGAACAGAGCAAUCAACCUCUUGCUGGAAGGAAGCUCAGAUACAACUUCGUGGGAGACGGUAGGAGGCAAGAAGAAAAGCCUUGGGAAAGAGAGCGCUGAAAACAAAGAGAACAGAGAAAAGCGAGGAGACAGAGAAGUCAGCCGUGGAUGGGGAACGUCCAGCAGACGAGGAAGAGGCAGCCGCGGGCGAGAGUUUAGAGUCGAAGAAAAUGGAGUGGAAACGCCACCUGGCGAGCGGCCUUCCGAUCGUGGGAAACGCGGCAAAGGGAGAGGAUUUGGACGAGCCAGAGGAAGAGGAACUGGGAGAUUUUCAGCCCAAGGCAUGGGGACAUUUAACCCUGCAGAUUACAAUGAUUCCUCUGCCACCGAUGGCUUUGGAGCAAAACAGGAGUCUUGGGAACUGGGAGAAAAUGAUGCAGCUGAUGGAACAGGAACAUGGAAGAAUUCGGUAGAAGAAUGGACGGCCGAAGACUGGAACGAAGAUCUUUCAGAAACAAAGGUCUUCACGGCUUCAUCGGUUCCAGCUGAGAACCACGUCGCUUCUGGCCAAAGCAUUGACCUGGUGACGCUGCUCCAGAAUCCUGGUGGCCCAAAUCAAGACCUGGAGGCCACCUCCUUUGAUGCUUCUCAGCAGCAGAACAACUUCAGCCAGGCGCUCAUCUUCACCAAUUCCCAGCACAAUCCUCAAAUGGCCUUGGGAACAAGCAAUCCAAGCACUGUGAACACUUACUCUGCACAAAGUCUGUCUUCAGUGCUCAGUUCUGGAAUCAGAGAACUCAGCUCUUCAAAGUUAGCCAACUCCACUGGUUCUCAGAUUUUGGAGCCUCUGAAAUCUCCAGGUUUGGGCCAGUUCGCCUCACAGGGUCCUCUCAACACAACCUCUCCAGUGUCCACAACGCCAACCUCAUCCUGGGAUGUCAAACCUUCGACUUCACAGCCGUCAAUCCUCAGCCAUUUUGACUUCAAAUCCCAGCCUGAGCCGUCGCCGGUCCUAAGUCAGCUGACCCAGCGGCAGCAGCAACCUCCGCCGGCAGCCUCUGCCCCACCACCUGGAUUGGAAUAUUUUGCUCCCCAGAAAGUCCGGGAGCCCUUGCCCGUGGACAGCUGUGCGGCUGGCAGCAAAACCUUGCCCCUCUCCAACGUUUCUCCUGAAAGUCAAGGGGUGCCAGCCCAUCCGACGCAGCAGAAGCCGAACAAGCCGCCUAAACGGAGAACGCCCCCCGUUUCAAAAAUCCCUUCUUCUGCGGUGGAAAUGCCUGGGUCGACUGACGUUUCGGGGCUAAACGUGCAAUUUGGGGCACUUGAAUUUGGGCUGGAACCUGCAGUUUCAGAGUUUGGAUCUGCUUCAAGCUAUGAAAGCAGCCCGGCACCCAACAAUAUCCUGUACACCCAGCCUGUAAAUGAACCUUUGAAUACCUCUUUGCCAAUGUCCAAUACAGUGCAGGAGUCCGCCUACUCCACCCCUGUCAUCACAUCCAGCCUGACCUGCUCUGUCCAGAGCACUAGCCUUGUAACGGCCUCCUCCUCCUCCUCUUACGACCCUGCCUCUCCGCAUAACAGGAUGACAUACCAAAGUUCGGUGCCUCCAUCAGAACCUGUCUCGGUGGCGGUCAUGAAUGGACACAACGGUGUUCGAAUGCAGCCAGCUCUUGACACUACUUCGACCGUUCCCACGUCAAAGCUGGAAACCUCUCCUCCAUCACUACCCGCCAAAGGUCCUUCGUUGCCGAGCACCACGGCAUCCACCUCUUUGCUUCUGCCUUCAGCACCUUCUCACACGGCAGCACUUCCAUCAAGUGACUUGGCCAACAACUCCCUCUCUCAGUUAAGCAGUUCUCUCUCAGAUCAUCCAAGCAGCCUAUCUUCUGCCUCAUCACAUACGCACAACAGCGUUGAUAAUGCCACCGCACUCCAGCCCUCCAACUCUUUUUCGGUUGCCGCAACCAUGUCCACCACCUCUUCGGCCACCAGCAUGGCCAGCACCACCAACAGCCUCGGCCUGACUGCGACCAGCGUCUCUCUGCCAAUUCCCACCAGCCGGGCAGCUCCUUUAGUGUCUUCAGGCAAAGCGCCCCCCAACCUGCCCCAAGGUGUACCACCCUUGUUACAUAACCAGUAUUUUGUGGGACCUGGAGGACUUCUGCCUGCCUACCCAAUUUAUGGUUAUGAUGAUCUUCAGAUGCUCCAAUCCAGGCUGCCUGUGGAUUACUAUGGAAUCACAUUCCCUGCUCCUGCGAACCUGACCAGCAGAGACGGAGCCCUUGCUAACAACCCUUACUCAGGUGAUAUCACAAAAUUUGGCCGUGGAGAUUCAGCUUCACCCGCGCCCGUAACCACCCUUGCCCAGGCUCAGCAGAACCAGACGCAAGCCCACCACACAGCUCAACAGCCCUUCCUCAACACGUUGCCACCUGGGUACAGCUACACUGGCUUGCCAUAUUACGCCGGGGUGCCAGGAGUUCCCAGUGCUUUCCAGUAUGGCCCAACCAUGUUUGUCCCUCCAGCCUCAGCCAAGCAGCACAGCGUGGCCUUGAACGCCGCCUCUACGCCCUUCCAGCAGGCCGGCAGCUAUGGCCAGCACGGUUAUGGAGCAGGUUACGAUGACCUCACCCAGGGGACGGCGGCUGGAGACUACAGCAAAGGGCCCUACGCUGCCGCCUCCCAAGCACAAAACAAGUCAUCUGGCAGUGGAGCAGGGAAAGGUGUUUCUGUGACCUCAAGUAACACAGGUGUGCCUGACAUCAGUGGCUCUGUCUACAACAAAGGCCAGAUUUUUGACAAGCAGGGAUUCCACGCCGGGACCCCGCCCCCGUUCAACUUGCCCUCCGCCCUCGGUUCCACGGGGCCUCUGAACCCAGGGACCGCUCCUGGCUAUGCUCCGGCGCCCUUCCUCCAUAUCUUGCCUGCGCACCAACAACCACAUUCCCAGGUGCUGCACCAUCAUCUUCAACAGGACGGGCAGGGUGGAUCUGUCCAGCGCAACCAGCCAACCGUCCUGCAGCAGAAGUCUCAGGCUACGAAAAACACCUACGGGACAUCUCCGUACUGGACGAACUAAGCUCUGGCGCAGAAGAAAGGAAGGGAGACAGUCUGGGUUAACUCAGGCUCCCACCCUCCACCGGAGGCCGUGGACGGUGGAGGGAAGAGACGCCCUGGGAGAGCUCAGCUCAGACACCCCGUGGGAAGAAUUGGCAACCACUCCCCUUCUUUGUGAUGCUUCCUGAUUUGCUGUUUUAUGUAAAAUAUUUAUGUAUGUAUUUGUAAAUGUAGUAGAGCCUAACGGGGGUUCCUGCAUGUUUCCGAUGACUUGUUUUUAUUUUCUCCCUGAUGGGGGGGACUAAGCAGAUCAGCUCCCCGUCAGGCCCUCUGGCAGCUUCUCUCUCUCUCUUUGUAUAGUUUGGAGGAUUUUAGUGAUUGUCCAAAGGACAAGAGUGUGCCACUUUUUAAAAUAUAUACAUAACACAUAUAUCUCUUGGACCCUGGAAGCCUUUUCUGACUUUAAAAAUAAUACUUUGCUCAGGCAAGCAGUCAGAGAGAGACUCAAGAAGGACGGAGUUCUUUCCUGUUCCUUGUUUUUUUUUUAAUAAUAAUAAUGUUGGCUUUUUCCGAAGGGCCCCGGUUCCUUUGGCCCCAUUCCUGCCUGCCAGACGGAAGGUUGAAGUCGUGGGCGGGCAGCCUACUUACAGAUUGCAACGUUGCACUUUUCUCGGGACAGUUCAGAAAUAAGCUUAAGGGUUAUUUGUCUCCCUUCACUCCCAUCUUCCAGUUUUGUUUUCGGUAGCCAGAGCUUGGACUGUCAGCUUCUCCCCAAAUGGUGUCUGCCGAUUCUGAGUUCCCUUUCCUUGACCUGGGCAGCCUCCUGCCUUCCAUGGCCACGUUCUUCCUCCCGCUUGAGAGGGGCCCUAAGACUGAAGGGUGUGGAUGGCAGAAAACUCCCUCUUGCCGUAAUGAAGGUUUCAGAAAUUUCAUUUAUUUUUUAGCCCAGACCCGCCUCUAAUAAAGUUCUAAGCAUAUCAACA